AUGCCACUGCACUCGUUCCCAUUCUUUCCGAUAAUUUACCUCCUUUCUGUCUUGCGUCUGGCCCUUGCGCACGGUUUUGUACACAGCGUAGUUGUCGGAGGACAGACCUAUCCUGGAUGGAAUCCCUUCUCUGAUCCAUACACGAGCGGGCCCCCGAAAAUUGUUCGAAAGAUUGGUAGUGACGGACCUGUUUCGAAUACAGAUGCAGACAUAGCCUGCCAUCACGGCGGAAAUGACGGGACGGCCGCUAUCGCCAGCGCCUCCGCGGGGUCAGAAGUAACGUUUCAAUGGGCGUAUUGGCCCGGAGACCAUCAAGGGCCGGUGUCGACAUACAUGACUUCUUGCAGCGGUGAUUGCUCCAAUUUUGGAGCUAACGACGCUCGCUGGUUCAAAAUCGACGCCAGUGGUUAUGAUCCCAGUACUCGGCAAUGGGCGGCUGCUAAGCUGAUUGCGAAUGGCAUGUCGUGGACCUCAACCAUUCCUGUUAACCUUGCACCGGGACAGUAUCUCAUGCGUCACGAGAUAAUUGCGUUGCACUCUUCCCCGGCUCAGUUUUACCCCAGUUGUUCUCAAGUUGAAGUUACCGGUUCAGGAACUGACACGCCUUCCGACAGUGCUUUGAUCUCCAUGCAGGACCUGUACACGGGGGUUACCUUCCCUAACAUCUACGGAGAGUCGGUUUCCUUCGCAAUCCCUGGGCCUUCGCCCGUGAGCUUCGAUGGGAAUGGAGGAAGCGCCUCAACUCCGACGACCAACAACACAUCGUCGAACACGAGCACGAGAGCGAGCACUAGCACGAGCACGGUCAGCAGAACGGUCCCAGAUGCUGUCUCCACUGUCGUAAGCCAGCCGUCAGUCCAAUGCCAUCUUGGUUCGAAAAGGUUAAUCAGACAAAGAUCGGGAUGA